CUGCCUCCGUUUUUAAUGUCAACCUGCCUCCUCGCCGGGACAACAUACCCUGAGCUGGUAGAGCUAACAUAGGAGCUCAGCGCACCUUGCGAGCCGCUCUUCAAACUUCAUAAAUGGCUCGACGGCCGAGACACAGUGUUUACAGUAGUGAGGAGGAUGAGGAGGAGAUUGAGAUGUAUGAGCAUGACUAUGAUGGAUCCGUGGCCAAGACAGGGAAGCGUCACCUUGGCAAAACACGCUGGACAAGGGAAGAGGAUGAGAAGUUGAAGAAGCUUGUUGAGCUUCAUGGAUCAGAAGACUGGAAAGUCAUUGCUAAUUUAUUAACUAACCGUACAGAUGUGCAAUGCCAGCACAGAUGGCAGAAGGUCCUCAACCCAGAACUCAUCAAAGGCCCCUGGACCAAAGAGGAGGACCAGAGAGUGAUUGAGCUUGUCCAGAAAUAUGGUGCCAAGCGCUGGUCGGUGAUUGCCAAGCACCUGAAGGGACGCAUUGGCAAGCAGUGCCGGGAGCGCUGGCACAACCACCUGAACCCAGAGGUGAAGAAGACAUCAUGGACUGAGGAGGAGGACAGAAUCAUCUACCAAGCCCAUGAGAAGCUGGGCAACCGCUGGGCUGAAAUCGCUAAGCUGCUCCCUGGCAGGACUGACAAUGCUAUAAAGAACCACUGGAACUCCACUAUGAGGCGAAAGGUGGAACAGGAAGGCUACCUUCAGAACACCUCAAAAAGCGGCAACUCCUCGCUCUCCCUUGGCCACAGUUAUGUCAAGGCUGCCAGUCACAUCAUGGGGUUCUCUCACCAUUCACCCAAUCAUACACCGCUCCCUCCUCUUUCACCACUCAAUUACCCCUAUAUCACCGACACACACAGAGUUCCCUUCCCUGUGGCACUGCAUUUGAACAUCCUGAACAUUCCCCAGCAUGGAACCGCUGCUAUUCAGAAACACUAUAUUGAAGAAGACCCAGAGAAGGAGAAGAGAGUGAAAGAGAUUGAGCUGCUGCUAAUGUCUACAGAGAAUGAGCUGAGAGGCCAGCCAUCACUACCAAUCAAUCUGCCCUAUCCCAACUGGGUCAACCAGAGCUCUGUGACCGACAGCUUAGAGGGUGUGCCUAUGUCAUUACAUCAUCACCAGGCAGCCGCCCCUGCCCUGCCUCUUGACCAGGGCUGCCUACCUGAGGAGAGUGCCUCCUCAACGCGCGCCCACAGCCAUAGCAACAAUGUCAAUAACAACAGCAACAGCCAUCACAACAACUCUGCGUUCUCUAAUACUCUUCCAGAGUUAAUGGAAUCUGUCAUUGACUCAAGCCUCUCCUCAUUGGAUGAGGCCACCAGCAGGAUUCUCAGAACAGACAGGGUCUCGUGCAGUAAGAGCUCAGGAGCUGCUCAUGGUGCAGUGUCAGGGGUUGGUUUCACCUGCUCGACUCCCAAGCCCUCACCAGUCAGACACCUACCUUUUUCACCCUUGCAGUUUUUCAACCAAUCAAUGAGCCCAGAACACUCAGACAAUGACAGUCUACCAGUGAGCUCGCCUGUGGAGUCCAAACCUCUGAUGCCCACACCCCUACACCGUGACCACACUUUCAGGCCCCAGAAAGAGAAUGACAUGUUCAGGACUCCAAAUAUCCGCCGUUCCAUCCUGGAGUCAUCACCUCGCACCCCCACACCCUUCAGGUCAGCCUUGGUCCUGCAGGAGGCCAAGUAUGGACCUCUCAAACUACUGAAUGGCCCUCUAGAUCAGGAGGUGGUAGAAUCCAUCAAACAGGAGCCUAUGGAGUGCAACAUCUCAGGAGGAGUGUCACCAGAUGAGCAGCCUCCUCUGAAGAAGAUCAAACAAGAGGUGGAGUCACCCUGUGAGAGGAGCCCAUGUAUGCAGUGGGAAGGACAAGAUCUCCAAGCACAACUCUUCUCACCAACUGGCCCUGCACAGGAAGUACCUGACCUGCUUACUAGCUCAGUACUGAGUGAACAUGGACACAAAGUCUACCACCUCCCACACAGGGCCAUAGCCAGCCCACUACAGCAGCUCAAUUCAUGGGAGCAGGUGACUUGUGAGAAAACAGAAGAACAGGUUUUGGCUUCAGAACAGAGCCACAAGUACAUCAACACUUACCCUACCAGGACACUGGUCAUCUAGACAGAAAACAUGCGCACACAAGACAUGUUGAUCGGAAAACAACAUUCCCUGCGCUGGACGCAGCGCAAUGGGUUUCUUAUUUGUUGUGGUACAACAGUUGGGAGAGGCACAAUGCCAUUGGUGUUUUUACACUCACACUUGUUGGAUUUCAACCAACCAAAGACUAUUGAUUUUGUUUUUGAUUGUUUGUUUGUUUGUUUGUUUGUUUUUGUUUUUUGUUUUUUGUUUGUUUUUUAGAAUUGUUUUGGGUUUUUUAUGUCAUUUUUAUCUGUUUUGGUUUUAUUAUUGUAUUUUUAUCAAUCUUGUAUUAUAAGUGGGAAAAGGUGGCUAUAUAAUUAGCAUUGGGCUGUAUUCUAAUAAUUUUGAUAUUAAUAUAAAGAACAAGUUGAUUAAUUUAUUUCUUUUGCUUUGAUGACUUUGUUGUUUUUUUUAUAAUUGGCUAAUGGAGCAGUGUUUAACUUCAGUAUUUAAGCCCUCUUAGCAUUAUCUUGCAUCCAAAAGGCAUUUUCAUUAAUUCAAAACUGACCUCUGUAUUUCAGUCAUGAAACUUUUUUUUUUAUUAAGGAAAUUAAAACCUUGUCAUAGGCUGUUUUGUAACUACUGAGAAGUUCAAGUGUUGCCACCAGAUAUAAACAUUUUAAUGGUGAACUUGUUGCAUUACUAGUUAUGUCAGCUCUCAUCUCAGGUAUAUAUUUGACUAUGAAUGAUCAUGUUAUGCUGACAUGACAGUACAGCCAGCCUUGUGUAGUGUUAUCUGAUUAACAAAACCUCUUUAUAAUUGAGUUUACAGUUCAAUAUAGCAGUUAUUUUCUUUCUAGCCUUCACAGUAUCCUCUAUAGGGAAACAUUUUUCAAUGAACAACAUGUUUUUAUUAAAGUAAAAAAAAAAAAACUGUUUUUCUAUGAACGUUACCCAGUAAGAGUAAGACCAAGCUGCACUUGAACUCUUGAGUUCUCCACAAAAAGCA